CACGCGCCGUAGGGAAGCGUGGUCGGUGCUGGGCACGCGCGCUGUACGGAAGUGUGCUUAGGUGCACCGGAAGCCGCAGGAAGAGAGCGAUGGCGGGUUUGACUGUUAGAGACCCUGCGGUGGAUCGUUCUCUACGUUCUGUAUUUGUGGGAAACAUUCCUUAUGAAGCUACUGAAGAACAAUUAAAGGACAUCUUUUCUGAGGUUGGACCUGUUGUUAGUUUUAGAUUGGUAUAUGAUAGGGAAACAGGAAAGCCAAAGGGUUAUGGCUUCUGUGAAUACCAAGACCAAGAGACAGCACUUAGUGCCAUGCGGAACCUGAAUGGACGUGAAUUCAGUGGGAGAGCACUUCGAGUGGACAAUGCAGCCAGUGAAAAGAACAAAGAAGAGUUAAAGAGCCUUGGCACUGGUGCCCCAGUCAUUGAGUCACCUUAUGGAGAGACCAUCAGUCCUGAGGAUGCCCCUGAGUCCAUUAGCAAAGCAGUUGCCAGUCUUCCACCAGAGCAGAUGUUUGAACUGAUGAAACAAAUGAAGCUCUGUGUCCAGAAUAGUCCCCAGGAAGCACGGAACAUGUUACUUCAGAAUCCUCAGCUGGCAUAUGCUUUGCUGCAAGCACAGGUAGUGAUGAGAAUCGUGGAUCCAGAGAUUGCCCUGAAAAUUCUGCAUCGCCAGACAAAUAUCCCAACACUGAUUGCAGGCAACCCCCAACCAGUCCAUGGUGCUGGACCUGGCUCUGGAUCCAGUGUAUCGAUGAACCAGCCAAAUCCUCAGGGCCCUCAGCCCCAAUCUUUGGGUGGAAUGCACGUCAAUGGCGCACCUCCUCUGAUGCAAGCUUCUAUGCCAGGUGGUGUUCCAGCACCAGGGCAGAUGGCCGCUGCUGUCACAGGACCUGGCCCUGGUUCCUUAGCUCCUGGAGGAGGAAUGCAGACUCAGGUUGGAAUGCCAGGAGGUGGACCAGUGCCCAUGGAACGAGGACAAGGAACCCUACAGCACUCGCCUGUGGGACCCGCCGGGCCUGCCUCAAUUGAACGAGUUCAAGUGCCGAUGCAAGACCCCAGAGCAGCUCUACAGCGGGGCUCUUUGCCUGCCAACGUCCCAACUCCUCGAGGUCUCUUAGGAGAUGCUCCAAAUGACCCACGGGGAGGCACUUUACUUUCUGUAACUGGAGACGUAGAGCCUAGAGGUUACCUGGGACCACCUCAUCAGGGUCCACCCAUGCACCACGUCCCUGGUCAUGAAAGCCGUGGCCCACCCCCACAUGAGAUGAGAGGAGGGCCACUAGCUGAACCUAGACCUCUAAUGGCAGAGCCAAGAGGACCCAUGCUAGAUCAGAGGGGUCCACCUUUGGAUGGCAGAGGUGGACGAGAUCCACGAGGCAUAGAUGCACGAAGUAUGGAGGCCCGAGCCAUGGAGGCAAGAGGAUUAGAUGCACGAAGUAUGGAGGCCAGAGCAAUGGAAGCCCGUGCCAUGGAGGCCCGUGCCAUGGAGGCCCGUGCCAUGGAGGUCCGUGCUAUGGAAGUCCGAGGAAUGGAGGCUAGAGGCAUGGACACCAGGGGCCCAGUGCCCGGACCUAGAGGACCUCUGCCUAGUGGAAUGCCAGGUCCCGCUCCAAUGAAUAUGGCGGUUGGUCCCCAGGGAGCCAGACAGGUCCCAGUCAUGCAGGGAGCAGGCAUGCAAGGAGCAAGCCUGCAGGGUGGAAGCCAGCCUGGUGCCUUUAGUCCUGGGCAGAACCAAGUCACUCCACAGGAUCAUGAGAAGGCUGCUUUGAUUAUGCAGGUUCUUCAGCUGACUGCAGACCAGAUUGCCAUGCUGCCACCGGAGCAAAGGCAGAGUAUCCUAAUCUUAAAGGAACAAAUCCAGAAAUCCACUGGAGCGCCUUAAAAGGUUUUCAAAGCUACCUGGCAACAGAUCUGGAAAUUAUUUCCAUAACUUAAUGUUGCAAAAAGAUGACUUCAGCAUCCUAACCCCUGACUGACUCAGUUGGUGCCAGGUGGAGGACUCUCAUCACCUUCUCUUGAAACAAAACUGUUUAAUUUUGUUGUCUUAGUUUGUAUAUUUUCUGUGACUUGAAAUAAACUUUGAACACAAUUUUAGUACACUGCAAA